AUGCACUUUGGCCAGCAACUCCGGACGUCGCUAUUGAAAGACUACUUCUACUACUACAUAGCCUAUGAUGACCUCAAAGACGCUCUCAAGACCCCUUAUCAAGACGACCCUAGCCCGCAAAAUCCCAACCCAAAGCGGAGACCCUGGACUGAAGAUGACGAGAAAUCCUUCGUUGCAGAGUUGGAAGGGGAGCUCGAGAAAGUCUUCACCUUUCAGCGGGUCAAGUCCGGAGAGAUAGUGAGACGGAUCAAGGCCAGCGAGAAAGAAGUCAAUGAUGUGAUUGGGCGCUUGGACAAGAGGGGGCCGAGGCCUACACAGAAUGGAAAUGCUGGCCAUGCGGAAGAGGAGGAUGUACCUACCGAGGACGACUUCAUGCUACUCGAAGAGGAUUUGAGUGAUAUCAUUGCCGACGUGCAUGAUCUGGCUAAGUUCACGCAGUUGAACUAUACUGGGUUUCAAAAGAUCAUUAAAAAGCAUGAUAAACAAACAAAGUGGCAUCUCAAACCAGUCUUCGCUGCACGGCUGAAAGCAAAACCUUUUUUUAAAGACAAUUACGAUGAGUUCAUCGUCAAGCUCUCGAAGCUCUACGAUCUUGUACGAACGAGGGGAGACCCUAUCAAAGGGGACAGUGCAGCCGGAGGAGGCCAACAAAAUUUCGUCCGGCAAACGACAAAAUACUGGGUGCACCCAGAUAACAUUACAGAGUUGAAGCUCAUCAUAUUGAAGCAUCUUCCAGUGCUAGUCUUCAAUCCGAAUAAAGAGUUCGAGGCCAAAGACUCGGCGAUCUCAUCAAUCUACUACGACAAUCCAGAGACAUGGGAGCUGUACACCGGGCGUCUGAAGAAGACAGAAGGUGCAGAAGCCAUCCGUCUACGAUGGUAUGGCGGCAUGGAAAUAGAGACAAUCUUCGUGGAGCGAAAAACUCACAGAGAAGACUGGACUGGAGAGAAGUCAGUCAAAGCACGAUUUUCGCUCAAGGAGAAGAACGUAAACGCCUUCCUAAGUGGCAAGAUGAAGGUGGAAAGUAUCUUUGAAAAAGCAAGAAGAGAAGGCAAGAAGAGCGAGAAGGAAAUCUCGGACUUGGAACAGCUGGCCCGAGAGAUACAGUAUCGAGUCAUCACUAGGAGACUUGUGCCAGUCACAAGAUCUUUCUACAACCGCACUGCUUUCCAACUCCCAGGCGAUGCCAGAGUCCGCAUAUCCCUGGACACGGAGCUGACCAUGACCCGUGAAGAUAAUCUUGAUGGCAAACAACGAGCCGGCAAGAAUUGGCGGAGGAUGGACAUUGGUGUCGACUUCCCGUUUUCGCAGCUGCCGCCUGAGGACGUCGAACGCUUUCCAUAUGCUGUACUUGAGGUCAAGCUCCAGACACAAGCGGGUCAAGAUCCACCAGAAUGGGUGCGAGAGCUAAUAAGCAGUCAUAUCGUCGAAGCCGUCCCCAAGUUCAGCAAAUUCAUUCACGGCACCGCAACCAUGUUCCCCACGCGAAUAAACCUCCUACCAUUCUGGAUGCCACAAAUGGAUGUUGACAUCCGGAAACCCGUUACCCACGGCUUCGGCAUCGAACGACCAGCUCAAUCAGCGAAUUGCUCUACCAGCGAAGAUAUCGACGACGAUACAGAAGACGACGACGAGACGGAAGGAGCUUCAGAAGAACAGCGGACAGACUCCCAAAACAGCCCCACUCUCCAAGGCGACUCUGAAUCCGCUGACAGUGAUCAAGGCAUCCGCCGCCUCCGCCUGGCGCGCGACGCUAUGGAGCACUAUGCCAUGGAACAGCACUCCGCGGAUCCCAAUGCCCUCGACAUCGAAGAACGUAUCUCCGCCGCCCCGCUAGCCCACAACCCUGACGACUACCCCAUCUACGACUCCGAAGACGAAGAUAUGGAUGACAUGGAAGAAGCAAAACAGUUAGGUGGCUGGCACUAUCGCGGAAAAGCCAUAACGCAACACAUCGCAAUGGUCGGCUCCUACAUUGCUGCAGCUUUUUCAAAAAUCAUACCCGCACCCAAACCGACUCCCAUCCCGGGCUCCGCUUUGACUGCUCUCGGAGACGUGCCGCCUAGCCACGUCGAAGCGCGCAGAUUCAAAGCACCGCGCGGUAAACGCAUCCAUGUUCCCGUGAGGGUUGAGCCCAAAGUCUACUUCGCGGCUGAGCGUACCUUCCUCUCUUGGCUAGAAUUCAGUAUCAUACUCGGCUCCAUUGCCGCAACUCUUCUCAACUUCGGCGACUCAAUAUCCCUAGCCAGUGCAUGGGCCUUUACGAUUGUGGCUUGUAUCGCUUUGUUAUACAGCAUGGGACUUUACCUCUGGCGUGUACAGAUGAUUAGAGGACGGAGAGCUGUCAGAUACCAUGAUAAAUGGGGCCCCAGCUUCUUGUGUCUGGGCCUGGCCGCAGCGGUGGCCAUAAGUUUUGGGAUCCGGCUGAGUCAGUAA